AUGGCGGCUGUUACCGACAUCAAGUUUCUUAUCGCUAUCCUCCAUAGUUUCACCUUUGACCACUCAUUCGUAACUCGGGUCCUCGAAAAGUGGCCUACCGACUUGUGUGAUGCUCCUGCUGAUGGCGGAGCUCUGGGCCGCAAUGUUGAAGAAAUCUGGCAAAAGUGGGCUGGCGAUGGCGUGACUCCUGGUCCUGAACCUGGUCUCGGUUCUGAAGUUGACUCUGGUACUGCUCCUACCUCUGCUCAGGGCCCCGGUCAUGUCUCUGGUCCCGACGCUGCAAAGGAGCACUCGGCUAGUACUUCCCAGACCCACCCUGUCAUCAUCAUCGACGACGAUGAAGACGAGACCAAGAACUCCAGCACUCUCGCCCCACUUCGCGACUUGAGUGUCUCUGCUCCUAAUGCCAGUUCCAUCAAGGAAAAGUCUGGCGGCGCUCCUCAGACCAACUCUUUCAUCCUGAUUGACGACAGCGAUGAAGUCGAGGACCCCGGCACCUCUGUCCAGCCUCCCAAGUUCAAGAUGCCUGAUCGCCAUGAGCAAGACACCCCUACCGUUGGUCGUGUUUGGUCUGCUGCUGCCAACAACGCAGUCGCCUUCCCCAGUCCCGAGAGCAUGAGAAAGCAAGUCGCUACCAAAAAAACCAAGGCACGCAACACCAAGGCCAGAUCUGCGCGCUCAAAGGGAAAGAAGAAACUUGUCGACAACGAUAACGACUCCAAGCCUGAUGAGAUGCUCAAUAACCCCUUCUCACUUGGUUCUUGCCGCAAGCGCCGUUCUGAGACCGAUUACAACCACGUGCCCGAGUACGAAGUGUAUGACCGCUCCGAUGAAGACGAGAACUUCGAGUAUGAGGGAGAUGAUGACAUGGAUGAGCGCCUCAAUGCCAGAUUCGAGAACCACUGGCCUGAGCUCGACACUCCUUCCAAGCGCCAGAAGACCAAGAAAUGA